AGUUCAGCGCAGGAAUUUAUUGUUUCUGGGCUUUCAGUUUUACGGCCGGCAACUGCAUGAUCGUGCUCAAAGGAAAUGAAAAAUAUAUAUUUUGUAAAUCACAUUAGAUAUAAUUCAGAUUUACUGUAUAUAAGAGGAUGUAACUAAUGAAACAAUUUUUUAUUUUUUUUUUAACUCAGUAAACGUUGUAUUUGAACAAAUACGCUGAAAUGUGGCUUUCACUCAGCUGGAUGAAACUUUCUGCUUACUGAAAAAUACGAAAUGUACUGCAAAACGAGUUUAAGAUUUCACCAAUCAGUUUAAAGUGACUAUGACGUCACGGGAGAAAUUGUUUUGGUUCGUCUUUAAAAAAAAAAGAAAAAGAAAAGAAAAAGUCCAGAGGCUCAAACUGAUGAUGGGUCUGAAGUUUUUGCUACCGUUUUUGAGCGUCUUGUGUUUGGCCGCAGCCGCUUCAAAGCAGAGCUGUGGGAAGCGGAAACUGGCAGGGCCGCCUGGGGCAUCCCGGAUAAUUGGUGGCCAAGAUGCCACUGAGGGAGCGUGGCCCUGGCAGGUCAGCAUCCAGUUCCUGGGUACGCACUUCUGUGGAGGGACGAUCGUCAGCAACAAGUGGGUCGUCUCUGCAGCGCACUGCUACCACAAUUACAUAUGGCACAGCAGCUUCUUGACCGUGUUGGUGGGAAUAACAGCGCUGUCCAGGCCUGGGCCUCACUCCCAGAGACGCGGCAUCAAAAACAUCAUCAUACACGAGAACUACGACUUCAACACAUCCAACAACGACGUGGCGCUCCUGCUGCUCAAGACCCCCAUCUUAUUCACAGAUUACGUCCAGCCGUGUUGCUUUCCGAUGAGCAUGAGCCACCAGGUCGCCCUCAACCUGAGCAACUGCUUCAUCACCGGCUGGGGGAGCAUCAACUACAAAGGUGGAGCAGUGGACAUGCUGCAGGAGGCUGAGCUGGAGCUCAUUGAGACGGUCAGAUGCAACCAGAGACACUGGUACAACGGGUUGAUCACAGAAAACAUGCUGUGUGCAGGAAUGCUCUCUGGAGGAGUUGACACUUGUCAGGGCGACAGCGGAAGUCCACUGCAGUGCUACAGUGAGAAAGACGACAGAUACUACCUAAUAGGCGUAACGAGCUUCGGGGAGAAUUGUGGACACCCCCACAGACCAGGAGUCUACUCAAAAACCAGCUCGUUUGGAAAGUGGUUUAUAGAAAAUCAGCUGAAAGGUAGAGCUUCUUCACACAUGCUCUCCAGCACGCUGAUAUCGGUUCUGAUAUUUGCUGCCUUGACAAUGUUCUGA